GUAAGAUCAAUGCUGCUGGCGUAGAGUUGUUGGCCUAUGUUUCUGACACACGUCAGACCGAGUGGUCCUUGAAUGAGGUCUUAGCUUUUUUCACUCGGAGUGGGUCGAAGGACAAGCGUGGCACACGCUUUAAGACUGCAGUCUACACUGACGCUUCUUCCAUAGCGAAGAGGCCGUCAGAAUUGAUGUGGAUGUGGUCCCCGCUUCUUGAGAAAGGACAUGAGAUCAGAACCAAUGCUGGUUCGCGCGGGGAGGUUCUUGCAACUUGCUUUGCGGGAGUCGAUGCUUUUCACAGUGAGAUAUACCUCAAGUGCAUGCACUGGCACUACAACAUGCAGGUCUUGAACGUCUCUCCUGCAGACAUGGGCCAUGCGGGAAUUGCCCGGGACAGAAUUUAUUUGAUUCUAUGGUUGAAAGGCACGGUUGACCAGAUUAUGGACCCAGAAGUACUCUACAGCGCGAUUUCUCACUACAUUCAACGAUUUGUGAAGACCGAACCCAAGGACUACCUUGUUUCGUCGCAGAUGGACUAUUUCAAAGCGAAUUUGAAGAAGAAGAAGGGGAACUUCUAUGACCAGUACUACGUACUAACGGAACGAGAAAAGAGGGCGGCAAAGUAUGCCUCCAAGUUGUACCGCACGAAGUUCCGACGGGAUCCCGAAAAGGCUGACAAUUUGUUCAUUCACUUGGGGGACAACCCUUGGAAGUUCCUUUGCUGGUCUGGUGUGUCAGGGAGGUUGCCCACAUUCCGUACCAGUUCCGGAAAGCUUUGGAACCCAAAACGAAAGGUGUUUUUGACACCAAAGGACAAGUUGGCAGCAUUGGGUCUGCCAGUCACGCCUCAAGUGGCCUUGGCUAUGGGCCUUCCUGUUCUUCCGAUUGCCGACAGUCUCAGAGCCUCCGCCGUGGCAGGGAACAGUUUCCAUUUCUCGUGUUCCACAGUUGUCCAGCUUGUGGCCCUUGGCUGCUACCGGUUUCAAGGUGGCAUGUACGGCAAGGGGACCAGCGAGCGUGCGGUGAAACCUGCAGGCAAGGCUAAGGCAGCGGCAGCCAAGCCGCGUCGGAAAGGCUCUAAAGUGGCUAGCAACCCAGGAUCUCGCAAGAGCACCAAGGAAGAGUACAAGCAUCAGGUUCUUGUGCGGGACUUUGUCGACAGUCAUGUGAAGACAUGGCUUCAUGGCAGCGACCCCACAUUCUUGAACGAAAAGCGAAUUGAAAGAGAACGUCGUGCUAUCCUGUUGAGUUUGGUCCUCUUCAAUUUUGGAUGGCUACCAAAAGACAGCAAGAGCACCAAAGAUGCUGCGAUUGAGGCUGCCAAGGCGCAGUACGAAACCCGUGGGAGCCCGAUGCAGUCAACGGGCUGGAGCCCUGCCCAGGAUUCUGCCGAAUCUGUGAAGUCUGACAGGAGUCCUGAAAAGAAAAGCAAGCCCAAGGAGAAGACUGAGAAGGGACGCGCUGCAGAAGACAAGAAGGAGAAAAACGAACGACCAGAACCAAGGCAUCUGAAGGGCAUGCAAUCAGAUGCCAGAGAGCCGAAAGUGAAAGACACACCCAAAGAUUCGCCGCCCCUACCAGAUGAUGAUGAAAGUUCGUCUGACCUGGACCUCGUCAAGGUUCCAUCCAAGAAAGGUGGAUCAAUGCCAGUUCCCUUUCUCGAAACGUCCAAGGGUGGAAAUGUGUUGCUCAUCUCCCCAGCUGACAAGAAGCAGCUGGAGAUCCCUACUUUGACGGAUGAUGAGUGGCAGCUCAAGCAAAAGACUCUGGAUGGAGUAGAGCAGUGGGUCCUCUUCACCAAGAAUGGCACCAAGAAGCCCCGUUUUCUUCAGAAAGCUUUGCAGCACAAGCAUGCUACAGAGUGGAAGCCGGACUCGGACGCGAUUGAGAUCUCUGGCAAGCGCGAUGGCUCAUCGUCCUCGUCAUCGUCAAGCCACUCACGUCGCAGUAAGAGGAGUAAGGUGGAGGAGAAAGCAGAGAGAGAGAGGCAAGAACAGGAGGAGAAGGCAAAGCGUGAAGAGCAAGAGAGGAAGGAGCGUGAGGUGCGAGAAGAGAAAGAACGAAAGGCGAAAGAGAAGGAACGAUUGGAGAAGGAACGACAGCAGAAGGAAGAGAAGGAACGACAGGACAAGGAAGAGAAGGAGCGACAAGAGAAGGAAAAGGCAAAGAAAGAGAAGAAAGAGAGGAAGGAGCGUGAGAAGAAGGAGCGCGAAGACAAGGACAGGAAGGAGAAGAAGGAGCGAGAAGAGAAGGAGAAGAAGGAGCGAGAAGACAAGGAGAAGGAGCGCGCAGAGAAGGAGCGCUUAGAGAAGGAAAGGGCAGAGAAAGAGCGCGCGCAGAAGAAGGAACGUAAAGAGAAGAAGGCAGCUGGGAAGAAGGAUGACAAGGAUCAAGAGGAGGCGAACAAGAAAGGCAAAGAUGAAGAGUCAAGUGACUCAGAUUCCAACCAGGGGGGGGCAGAGAAGGAGGAAACUCCGGCGCCUUCGCCUGACAGGGAGACUAUGCAGUUAGAAGCUCUUGCAGAAGAAAAUGGAGAAAUGGACAACAAAGAGCUUGAGGACGGUGGCAGGAAAGAAGAGGAUGAUUCAUUGAGCCUGGAAGACUUGCUGCAGAAAGAGGAAGAGAAGCCAUGUUUAUUGGAUUUUGGUUGGGUCACGCUCCUGUCGAUCAACAGUCGCAAGACGUCUCAACAGAACUUUGCUGAUGGCCUCCUCUUCUUCUCCUGCGAAUGGCAUUACCGUGCCACCAACGUUGUCUACGACCUCAAUGAGUGCAUUGACAGCGAACAACACUUGAUGAUGGCAUUAGCCGCAGCCAGCAAGCGCAAAAAUGAUGCCGUUGCGCGUUUCAGCUAUCAACAGACCAUUCCGCACAAUGUGGCAGAGACGCUGAAUGGAGUUCUGGUGAAGCUUCUUCACCAUAUGAUUACCUUGCUGUGCGGGGCAGGGCGUGGGCUGGAUUUCUUUGUCCCUCCUUGGGCAAAACGGCGAGAGCUCUACAAGGGGGAAGGUAUCAUGAACAUGCAGGAGCAUUUCAAAAAUUGGUUGGCAAAACAGGACAGCCAAUACUUUGACAUGGUAGCUGAAGAGGUGAUGCUAGACCGGGAUGAGGUUGGUGUUGACGGUGAGUCUGCAGCGCUGAACAUGACUGAUUUCCUUUCUGCCAAAAGCAUCAAAACUCGUGGAGGCUUUGUGAUUUGUCAGAAUCAAAACACUGUAAAGAACAAACACUUUUUUGGCAUGGUGCAGAUCUUCCAAUCCAUUCUGAAGGAUUGGACCAUCCUUCGCGAAGCAUCCCUCGCAAUUAUGGAAGAGACGUUAGGCACAGUUGAUGAUGACGAACAUGAAGAUGCUCAGUUGGAACAAGAGCGUGAGAAUCUUCUAGAUGACCCAAUGAAUGCGGCUCGUGAAGAAAGGGGCGAACGUGAAGACGAGCAAGAAGUAAACCUCAUGAAACUGGCCCACGAAUUUGCUUGCAACCUUGCAAGUAACUAUGGAUGGUCACAGCAGAUGUUCCACUGGACUUUCCCUUUUGCAGUGGCAGGGUUAUUGUCGAGUGGACGCAGCGCGCGUUCUCAAUGCAUGGAGCACUUGAAGAGGAUCACGCAAGCAGUCAUUGCGGCUGAGCAACUUGUGCUGGAUGGAAAUGCACCCGGUCAAUUGCAGGCUGUCUUGAAGGAUGUUGGAUGGGCCAAUGAGACUUUCAGUCGUGAGCUCAUGUUUUUGCUCCGGAGUUCUGGCUUCAACAUUGACAAUGACAUCAAGCUGCGACAGCUGUUGUGGAGGUUUUGCAAUGGCUCAAACUCCACACAAAGUAUUUUGGAGAGCACAUUCGCGCACCUCAGAGACAUAGCACAGAGGCAGGCGAAAGCCCUCAAACUCAAUCCAUAUUGCCUUUGGAUGUAUGCAGUGGGUUGCCCGUAUGUCGAAAAAUCAGGGAUGGCUCAGCUGCUGCCGACUGCAACGGACUGGCUGCGGCACGCACCGCUUCUGGGCCGGUCCGCCGAACCUCUUGCGCAGGUUUUUAAGAGGCUCUUCAAGCUGGAGAAGACGAUCCUCCCGAAAGGAGAAGACAUUGACUUACCCUGUAACGCGGCUGGCGUGGCCAAAACUGGUUGGCGGAACGCUGGCCCCCUCAGCCACUACAAAUCGUCCGCUGCGACGGCCUUCUUGACGCGCGACGUCAAGUUUAACUUUGUAAACGCCUCGAGCGCUUGGGCCGCCUCGGUUCUUUGUCAAAAGGGUGUCUUCUACAACACUGGUGACGGAUCUUUCUGGCUCUCGCUGGGUUUCAUGGUUUGGUGCUCUCUUGGGGUUCGCCUAGUUCUUCUUCGCUGCAAUGACAAGGAGUACCUGGUGAUUGACAAGGAGUGCGUCGUGGACUACAUGUUCAACUUUGAUGUCACUGAAGCUGGGCCAUGGAAGCGAGUGGUCCUUGCGCACUGUCCCCCAGCUUGUCUUCCAGAAGAGCUUGCGCACUGUGGGAGCGGUUGGGAAGUGAUUCACAAAAACAGGAUGCCAUUGAAAGAGAGCAUUCGUGACAAAAGCUUGCGCUUGCGUGUUUCGGAUCUGAAGCAGAUUUUUGCUGCCCUUGGCAUCAACCCACCUGCAAAGCCAGGCUCUGGGAAAAAGGGUGGCAUCAUCAAAGUUGAUUGGUGCCGAGUUCUUGUGAACACUCUCUUCACCAUCGGCUUUACUGAUGAUUUCAAGAAGGAUUUGAUCAAGCAUUUGUGCGGCACCAGCCACAGGACUGUAGAUGUUGACAUUUUGUCAGCCGUUGCUCACCUCGACACUGAGAAUUUCGAGGCAUUCCGACAUUUGCAAAAGGCAGCGAUAGAGACAAUGGAGCUUGGAGUUUUUGGAAGCGCGGAACAAGCAGAAAAAGAGUUGAAAGAAUUCAGCUUGGAAGAGGCAGUCAAACAGACUGCACCAAAAGUUGAAAAGCUGAAGAAACAGCAUGCUGAACAAGUCAACGCCAAAUCUCUCAGAAACUGGGGGCAAACUCCGGAUGAUUUGAAAACACUUCUUCCAGGAGGUGGCGAGAUCAAAGGUGUCUUUUGGAUGUCCCUGAACAAAUUGAAAAAGCACUUUCGCGUUGACUACCCCAUAAACGAACUGCUUGAGCUGAACAGCAUCCAACGCAGCUGGCCGACCACCAGAUGCACCAACGCUUUCGAAGCGCUGCAAACGGUUCUCCAUUGGACAUACGCUAGGCCGACAGAUGAGACUUUGCGCAAGUACGUCGCAGAGCAUG